UGUCCUUCAACUGUUUAGCAUGGAACAGCACAUAAUGGAGUUCUCAGACUUUGUUCAGUCUUUUGAUUGCUGGAAGAACAAGUUGUUGCUAAUAUUCUAGCUAGCUAUUAUAUUAUAUGUACCGGCCUCCUCUUAGCAUCCUCAGCAAAUAUCAACACAAUUUCUACAAAUCACUCUUCACAUUUUCUCUUGAUCAGCUUUUUGCAAGAAUGGCAUUGGCAGGUCAGCAGCAUCAUCAUCAUCUUUCUGCUCCUCCUAUCGACAUUGAUGCGCGGCAUACUAAUGGUUCAACAAGAAAAUGCAUCACUAUACCACCGGUGAUUUAUUCAGCAGGCCUUUAUGAGGAUGAUCCAGCUGAUAUUCUAAUCCAUCCAUUGCCACUUCUGGAAUUGCAGCUGAUUGUGAUUUUCACAAUCACAGUUCUCAUUCAUUUCGUUCUCAAGCGCGUUGGAAUCCCCGUGUUCGUCUCUCAGCUUUUGACUGGCAUAAUCCUUGGACCAACGGCUUUAGGGAAGCGUGAUUUCGUUAAGGAAACGCUUUUUGGCAAAGAUGGUCAGGAAGCAUUGGGAAUGAUCUCGGCAUUUGGAUACAUGAUGUAUUUGUUCAUAAUGGGAGUGAAGAUGGAUCCAACAAUGGUUCUUAGGACAGGAAAGAAGGCCCUGGGAAUUGGCGUCCUAGCAGUUUUGCUGCCAUUAGCUGCCUCUCUGAUUGUCCAUCUGGCCAUAGCAGAUGGAGAUCUGACUAAAGGGCCUGACCAAUUUAUGGUUAUCGCUAUGCAGUCAAUGUCUACAUUUCCUGUCGUCGCCACCCUCCUCAUCGACUGCAAAGCCCUCAACUCAGAACUCGGUCGGUUAGUCCUAUCAGCAUCACUAGUCAGCAACAUGUUGGCAGUCUUCAUCAUGUUUUGCAUCACCACAGCCACUACUUAUGCAGACAAACAAUUAGGAGCCAGCAAAGCUGCCGGAAACAGCGUGGCAAUAAUAUUUUUCCUCAUUGCUGCUGUGUUCUUGGUCAGGCCAGCAAUGUUUUGGAUGAUCAGGCAUACACCUGAAGAUAGGCCGGUAAAGAGCACAUACAUGCAAAUCAUCCUUGUCUCUGUCUUUGCAUCUGCCAUUUACACGAAUAGCUUCGAUCAGUUGGUUCUUUUCGGCCCAUCCAUUCUGGGAUUAGUAAUACCAGAAGGACCACCAAUAGCAACCCAAUUGAUAGACAAGUUUGAGUCCUUCAUUGCUGGUGUUUUUAUGCCAGUCUAUGUAACUACAGCUGGGAUGAGAGUCGAUCUGAAAGCCCUCCAAUCGGACGACCCUCAUCCAAUGAAACACAAUCUAAUCCUUAUCAUUGUGGCAGCUAUCUUCAAAUUGUUGGGGGUAUUGAUUCCUUCAUACUUGAGCCACAUGCCCUUCAGAGAUACUAUCACCAUUGCUACUGUCAUGAGCUACAGUGGCAUCGUCGUACUGGCAGGCUACACCUAUUCAAAAGACAACAAGGUAGGUUUAUAUAUAUCAACGCUCUUCACUGAAACUGUAAAGGAAGAGAUGCUAGCUAUUAUGAUUCUGAUCCCUGCUAUUUAUUUUCAGGCACUCUCGGAGGAUACGUUCUCUCUGGUUGUCGUCUGCAAUUUAAUCAAUUCCAUCAUUGUGUCACUGCUGAUGAAAGUCCUCUAUGAACCGUCGAGGAAAUACGCUGGCUACCAGAAGAGGAACAUUAUGCAUGUAAGACCAAACUCAGAGCUCCGGAUCGUUUCCUGCAUUCACAAACCAGAAGACGUAGCUGCUACAAUAAGAUUACUUGAUGUCUCAUAUGCAACACAAGAAAGUCCUAUUGGGGUUUAUGUUCUUCACCUUAUCGAGCUCGGACACCGGUCGACUCCCGUCUUCAUCUGCCAUCAAAUGAAGAGAGUGUUGGACGUCAACCCUUACUCUCAAAACGUCAUCAUUGCCUUUUCUCAAUAUGAAAGAAACAACUGGGGAUUCGUAUCAGUCAACACCUUCACAGCCAUGUCUCCCACAGACCUGAUGCAUGAAGACAUAACAACUCUCGCCCUCAACAAAGCCACUUCUCUCAUACUCCUCCCAUUCCAUCGUAAAUGGUCGAUUGAUGGGAUUGUUGCAUCAGAAGACAAUCUUGUAAGAACCUUAAAUUGCAGAGUUCUUGAAAGGUCUCCUUGCUCUAUUGGUAUCCUCGUCGACCGUCCCCAAGUCAGGAAGGGAAAUACUGCUUUAAAUCAACUUAUGAGACGUGCAUCCAGUACCUCUUCCGACCACCUGUUCCGCUCGGCUUCAACCAUGCCUUCCGCAGAGGAGACAUCAUGCUCUGUGGGAAUGAUCUUCUUCGGAGGAAAUGAUGAUCGGGAGGCUCUGACUUUAGCCAAACGUAUGGCUAGAGAUUCAGCUGUGAACCUUACAGUUACAAGAUUUCUUACAGAGGAAGGUACGAAUAUUAUGUCCACAGAGAGUGUAUGUGACAAUGAGGUGUUGAGGGAUGUAAAGCAAAACAAUGUUGGCGAUGGAUAUGUAAUAUAUGUAGAGGAGGUGGUAAAGGACGGACCUGAGACUGCUCUGAUCAUUCGAGAGAUGGCAGAGGAAUACGACCUCAUCAUCGUUGGACGACGCCACGGGGUUGAGUGCCCUCAAACAACUGGUCUUGCAGAAUGGAGUGAAUUCCCAGAACUGGGAGUCAUUGGCGACUUGCUUGCCUCACCAGAUCUCAAUAUCAGAGCUUCUGUAUUGAUUAUACAACAACAAAUUUGCAGCUAGUUCGGUCAUGAAGCUGUAAAUGUGUACACGGGAGACACUGAAAUCCUCGAAUUGCAAUUCUGUUUUCAUUGUGUUUACAAAACCAUAUACAUUCCAGUAAAACUAAAUGCGUUUGACCAAUCAAUUUUCCUUUGGAAAGU